AUGUUCUGUUUGGGGGAUGACCAUGCGCUGCAUGCCGGGAUACAUCUCCGUGUUGACACAAAAUGGUCGAGUAUAUUUUGUGACCUGGGAGUUUAGCAGGCCUAAAAGCCAAUCUUGUAUCGUAUUAUUUGGCACGCAGAACAUCCAUUGGAAUAGUAUAUAGUAAGGGCCGAAUAUAGUGUUCUAGGAAGGACACGUGAGAGCAAGACUGUCGAAGGAAAGCUGAUUUGGCCACAGACAGAAAGUCCGCCCCUGAAUGACUCGGCUACCGCUCACAGAGUACAGUUACCUACAUCACAGAGGACACUAAACCAAGCCGAAUGUAAGUGACAGGAAGAGAGCGGCUGCAAAGCAUCUAAUUGAGCGCUACUUUCGGCAGUUAACAGAGGGCUGUGGAAAUGGGGCCUGCACGAAUGAGUUCUGUGCUUCGUGUCUUGGUUUUCAACCGCUGGAUCACAACGCGGCGGCUAUCAGAGCCCUGGAGCUCUAUAAAAUGAAUGCCAAACUGUGUGGUCGUCACUCUGCUGCCUUCCCUGACAACAGCAGUGCCAAAGAAACCCACCCUACCUUAUUGGGCGAUCGUCACGGGAAGAUGCCAGACCACGAAGACAACCUGUUUCCUCCUAGGGAAGACUUCAGAGAGGUGCAUUACCUGACCGAGGAGAAGGUGUAUGAGAUCCUGAGUAUCUGUGAGGGGAAGAAGGACUACUCUCCUCUGAUCCGAGUCAUCGGGAGGAUCUUCUCCAACGCUGACGGGCUGGUGCAGAGCUUCAGGAAAGACAAGGAGCAACACCCCAACACCAAGGAGCAGCGUAAGACCCACCAGGCCAAAGAUGAGGACAAGGACGAGGACGAUAAGGAGAGAACCACCGCCAUGGAGCAGGAAUCGGAGGCCUCGGCGUCCGUGGAGGGAGCGACGGGAGCGACGGAGAACAGACUGGGUCCUGUGGAGGUCUCAGUGGACAUAGAAGCUGUGAGGAGAGUGUAUGACAGACUCCUCUCCAACGAGAAGAUGGAAUCGGCCUUCCUCAACGCCCUGGUCUACUUAACUCCCAACGUAGAGCUGGAUCUAACCUAUCUAGACGUGUACGACACCAACCCAGACUACCUAAACAUCUUCAUCAUCGUGAUGGAGAACAGCAGCCUCCACAGCCCAGAGUACCUGGAGAUGGCCAUGCCUCUGUUCUGUAAGUGUAUGAGUAAACUCCCUCUGCCUGCCCUGGCCAAGCUGACGCGCCUGUGGUCUCAGUACAGUGUAGAGCACAUCAGACGUAUGAUGGAGACCUUUCAGCAGCUCAUCACCUACACGGUAAUCAGCAACGAGUACGACAGCGACAGUCUGGUCAACGAUGACGAGUGUGUGGUGGCUGCAGCCAAGUGUCUGAAGCUGGUGUUCUACGCCAACGUCCUGGGAGGAGACCUGGAUACGGGUCACAAUGAGGAGGAGGAGCCUGCAUCAGAGUCCAGCGAGCUCACCCUGCAGGAGCUCCUGGGGGAGGAGAGGAGUAACAAGAAGGGGCCCCGGGUCGACCCUUUGGAGAAGGAGCUGGGCGUCAGGACCCUGGACUGCAGACGACCCCUCAUCCCCUUCGAGGAGUUUGUCAACGAGCCUCUGAACGACGUUCUAGAGAUGGACAAGGACUUCACCUUCUUCAAGGUGGACUCGGAGAGUAAGUUCUCCUUCCAGAGCUGUCCCUUCAUCCUCAACGCCUGCACCAAGAGCCUGGGACUGUACUACGACAACCGCAUCAGCAUGUACAGCGAGAGGAGGAUCACAGCGCUCUACAGCCUGGUACAAGGACAGCAGCUCAACCCAUACCUCAGGCUCAAAGUACGCCGAGACCACAUCAUCGACGACGCCCUCGUCAGGUUGGAGAUGAUCGCCAUGGAGAACCCAGCGGACCUGAGAAAGCAGCUGUUUGUAGAGUUUGAAGGAGAGCAGGGCGUCGACGAGGGAGGAGUGUCUAAAGAGUUUUUCCAGCUUGUCCUCGAGGAGAUGUUCAAUCCUGAUAUUGGCAUGUUUACAUAUGAUGAUUCCACCAAGCUGUUCUGGUACAACCCGUCCUCUCUGGAGAACGAGGCCCAGUUCACCCUGAUAGGCAUCGUCUUGGGCCUGGCCAUCUACAACAACUGUAUCCUGGAUGUUCACUUUCCCAUGGUGGUCUACAGGAAACUGAUGGGGAAGAAAGGCACCUAUCUGGACCUGACAGACUCACACCCGGUUCUGUACCAGAGUCUGAGGGAGCUGCUGGACUAUGAGGGGGAUGUGGAGGAGGACAUGAUGAUCACCUUCCAGAUCUCACAGACUGACCUGUUUGGAGACCCCAUCACUUACGACCUGAAGGAAAACGGGGACAAGAUACCUGUUAAUGCGGACAAUAGAAAAGAGUUUGUGUCUCUGUAUGGUGAUUACAUACUUAAUAAGAGUGUGGAGCGCCAGUUCAAAGCCUUCAGAAGGGGCUUCCAGAUGGUCACCAACGAGUCGCCUCUCAAGUGUUUAUUUAGACCUGAGGAAGUGGAGCUACUGAUCUGUGGAAGCAGGAAUUUAGACUUUCAAGCCCUUGAAGAAACGACAGAGUAUGACGGAGGCUACAGCAAGGAUUGUCGCAUUAUUAAAGACUUCUGGGAGACGGUGCAUUCGUUUGGUGAGGAGGAUAAGAGACUGUUCCUCCAGUUUACUACGGGGACUGACAGAGCACCCGUAGGAGGCCUGGGCAAGUUAAAGAUGAUCAUCGCCAAGAACGGCCCCGACACAGACAGGUUACCUACUUCUCACACGUGUUUUAAUGCUUUGCUGCUCCCUGAAUACGAUUCAAAGGAGAAACUGAAGGAGAGACUUCUCAAAGCCAUCACUUAUGCCAAAGGAUUUGGAAUGCUGUGAAACAAGCAAAAACUCUGCAAAAACAAAACAAAAACUUCCUGGCUUCAGUUCAAUGGUUUUAUGUUUUGUAAUGGAGGAAGGAAGGAAUUAUACAAUGAUGCAACAGUUGAAAUGAAUGUGGCAUUACGACAAGGAAGUGCUCCAGAGACUGUGUGCCUGAACAGCAAAUAGACUCAAUUUAGCAGACAUUCGAUCUAGCCCCCCUCAGAUCCAUUUAAUAUACGUAGAACCUCUCCUUACAUUCUAGGUUAUUCAAGCUGUUGAAAUCAGUUAUAAUUCUUACUGGAGCUCGCUGGGGUUUAUUUGAUGUGUAAAAACUUUUAAGAAGAAGCAGGUUAUCAUUGAUUGUUGUGAAAGUGCACUUAACUAGACCUUCUGAAUGUUAGUGAAUGGUAUAUACAUUACUGUAUACUGCCAUCUUAGGACAUUUUGUUAGUUUAUGAUAUUCUUUAAUGCCAGCAGUGUUGUCGGUAACACUUCCUAAUAUAAUACCCUCUUCAUAAUGCAUUGAAAAGUACAUUUAUGAGCUAUGCAUAAUGCAUUAUAAUGCCUUCCAGGUGUUUUAUAGCUGCUCAUAGACCUCUAUAAUGCUUUGUUUCAAGUUUUAUUGUCACGUGCACAAGUACUGUGAAAUACUUUUUCACUGUACUUGAAGGGGGGGGUGUUCAUAUGACGUGUUAGCGUGGUGUCGCGUAAGGCACAGGACUAUUCUAACCAGUACACCAACACAGUGUUCCUGCUCUGCUGUAAGCUAUGCAAGUGGGACCCUAUUCCCUACAUAGUGCACUACUUUUCACCAAGGGACCCUACAUAGGGAAUAGGGUGCCAUUUGGGGCGCCUUGUGUAUGAUGGCGUUGCAUCGUCGUCUGUACCUGCUGCCUCUUUGGCAAAUCUCCCUGCUACUUUUUGCUGCGGUUCCUCUGCACUCUUUCUAAUGUGUUGAAUAGCUUGCUGUUCAAUACGUGUAUGUUUUUUGCAAUGUUCAUUUUGUAUGCCAGACAGAACAGAGCACGCUCUCUUAGCCCUGACGGAGUGCUUUCAGUUUUUUUGUAUUUUAUUUUAAUGCAUGGUUACAGACACAAAGGAAGUAAUUAGCUUUACAAAAGCUCCAGUGAAUUGUCAGGUCAUGUUAGUUCUUUGAUAGCUGUACUCUCACUUACGGUUGCAAAAAAAAAUGAGGGGGGAAAUGCUUUACCCAGAAAUCCCUUGGUUUUCCAGAAAUCCCUUGGUUUUCCAGAAAUCCCUUGGUUUUCCAGAAAUCCCUUGUUUUUCCAGAAAUCCCUUGGUUUUUCAGAAAUCCCUGGGUUUUCCACAAAUCCCUGGGUUUUUCACAAAUCCCUGGGUUUUUCAGAAAUCCCUUGGUUUUCCAGAAAUCCCUUGUUUUUCCAGAAAUCCCUUGGUUUUCCAGAAAUCCCUCGAUUUUCCAGAAAUCCCUCGGUUUUUCAGAAAUCCCUCGGUUUUUCAGAAAUCCCUUGGUUUUCCAGAAAUCCCUUGGUUUUCCAGAAAUCCCUUGGUUUUCCAGAAAUCCCUGGGUUUUCCAGAAAUCCCUUGGUUUUCCAGAAAUCCCUCGGUUUUUCAGAAAUCCCUUGGUUUUCCAGAAAUCCCUUGGUUUUCCAGAAAUCCCUUGGUUUUCCAGAAAUCCCUCGGUUUUUCAGAAAUCCCGGUUGGAAGAGUCCCAGAAUCGGGAGGGAAUAAAGAGGAAAUCCAGAAUCUUCCAACCAGGAGUUUUGGAAAACCUGGGAACGUUAGCAGAAUUCUGCAACCCUAAUCUGACUUCACAGUUAAUCUGACCCAUAUAAUGUGAAAUAUUGACUUGGAGAAAAGUGUUUUAUAAUAAUACCACUGAAUUGAUGUGCCACAUCAAUGCUCAGAACAGUGUGUUAUUCUCCGAACUAUUUUUUGGUUCGUUGGUGUUUGAUUUGGUGUGACUGUGGUUUGGUUUUCAUUAUGCUAUACACCUGAAAGCCUGCCAAGCCAUGCAGAACAUUUUGGUUUGAUAUCCUGUGAUGUGUACAACAGUCUUGGCAGGAAGGGUUUAAUGGUUUGAUAUCCUGUGAUGUGUACAACAGUCUUGGCAGGAACGGUUUAAUGGUUUGAUAUCCUGUGAUGUGUACAACAGUCUUGGCGGGAAGGGUUUAAUGGUUUGAUAUCCUGUGAUGUGUACAACAGUCUUGGCGGGAAGGGUUUAAUGGUUUGAUAUCCUGUGAUGUGUACAACAGUCUUGGCAGGAAAGUUCAUUCAUAAAGGAUUCAUUCCCCAUGUUGUUUUACUGCCUGAAUUCAAAAUAGAUUCAAUAUGAAUUAUUUUUUCCCCACCCUUUUACAUACAAUACCCCACAAUUUUAUCAAAUAUAUUACAGAAAAUCGAUGCAAUUUACAUCAGUAUUCACACCCCUAAAUCAAUACAUGUCAGAAUCCCGUUUCUGAAUAAGUCUAUAAGAGAUUUGCACACCUGGCUCGUACAAUAUUUGCACAUUCUUUAAAAAAUUGUUAAAGUUCUGUCAAUUGGUUGUUGAUAAUUGCUAGACAGCCACUUGGACGUCUUGCCGUAGAUUUUCAAGCAGAUUUUAAGUCAAAACUGUAACUAGGUUACUCAGGAACCUUCAAUGUCAUCUUGGUAAGCAACUCCAGUAUACAUUUGGCCUUAUGUUUUCGGUUAUUCUCCUGCUGAAAGGUCAAUUUGUCUCCCAGUGUCUGUUGGAAAGUAGACUGAACCAGGUUUUCUCUAGUCCUUCCUGAUGACAAGCAUACCCAUAACAUGAUGCAACCGCCACUAUGCAUAACACAUAUUGAUUAUAUGAAGAUUAGUACUUACUUAGUGAUGUGUUGAAUUUGCCCCAAACAUAACACUUUUUAUUCAGGGUAUAAAGUUCAUUUCUUUGCCACAUUUUUUGCAGUUUUACUUUUAGUGCCUUGUUGCAAACAUGAUCCAUGUUUUGGAAUAUUUUUUAUUCCGUACAGGCUUCCUUCUUUUCACUCUGUCAUUUAGGUUAUGCUGUUGAUCCAUCCACAGUUAUCUCAUAUUCACAGCCAUUCAACUCUGUAACUGUUUUAAAGUCACCAUUGGCCUCAUAGUGAAGAAUCUCUUUCAUCCAUUUUCAAUUCAGGCUGUAAGACAAAAUGUGGAUUAAGUCCAACGGCUGUGAAUACUUUCUGAAUGCGAUUGUAUUUAGUUGUUUGCUGCCUGGUUUAUUUUGAUAUAAUGGAAAUUAAGGAAAGUACAAACAUUUUAAUUAAACACUUGAUGUGUCAACAUAAUGCAAAAUAAAAUAAUACAUUUUUAACCCUG